GACCGCCAAUUCUUCUUUGGGGGUGAGCGAUUCAAAAUGUUCAAGGACAUUGUCAAGGAGCAUGGACAGUCCGAUCACGAACUGUUCCUCUGUUGGGAAGAGGCGAAGGUUACGUCAAGCCAUGAGAACAGUGUCACGACGAACCAGAACAUCCAUGUCAACAUGGACGGGGCAUUGGCUCGAGAUCUGAGGUCCGGCGUCCCGCCGAUGAAGAUCGAUCCCAGUGGAAGGACAGCGCAGCCAGCCUCUCGUUGCGAGGACCCGGGUCCCACGGGAAAAGGCAAGGGCAAAGGAAAGACAAAGAAUGACGGUGGGUUGAAGGGUGACGGGAAGACGAAGAAGCCGCCGAACUACAGUGCCAAAGCCCAUGGGAAAGUGAAGUUGGGCCGGAGUACUUUGACCGAUGCUAAGUCGGAGACUUUGGCCUCAGGCUACAUUUCCCAGAUCCGGCUCUACCAGGCCCCGAUGGAGGCAGCAACCGAGGCACUCGAUUGGCGCCUCGUCGAGGGUGCCAAAGAUGAGGCGGCAUUGCUCCCGCUUGUCCAAACAUUGGAGAAAGCCGUGGAGUCUUACACCAAUGCGGUUCGCCCGAUCAAAGCACUCUUCGCUGCUUAG